UGUCAUCUUCAAUCAAAAGUGGAAAAAAAAUUCUUACACGUAGAUUUUCAUCCUAGCUGUUUUUGUGGUCUGCCUGCUUGUGAAAACCGUGAAAAUUUUGUGCAAAUUGCUCUGUAAAAUCGUCUCGAGUGGAUAGUGUUGCUUUCGGAAUGCGGUCGGCGUAAAAACGGACGGAUCAAAUAACGACCACAGCCAUGUUCAAGAAACUGAAGGAAAAAAUCACCGAGGAGGUGAAGCAAUCGCCCCAGCGAUUUGAGCAACUGUCCAAGGGUUUACAGGCCGCCGUAAGCUCCGCUUCUUCGUCCACAUCCGAAAUAUCGGGUAGCGAAAAUUUCUUUAGCAUCACGGAAGAUGACACACCGCAAAAUUCUCCGUUACGUAAAUCUCAAGCACUGAGCAGCACCAGCACACCGGUCCUGAACCAGAUCAACAACAAUACGCUGGGCAACAAUAGUACCGCUUCGACAGGAUCUUCCGUCAAUGCCAGUAACACCGGCAGCAGCAAUACCGGCAAUACUAGCAUCAGCAGCGGGUCGUUUUUCGCAAACCUUACCGGUGGCAAUCCGGUCAACAGCAGCGGCAACAACAAUGGCGUUUCACCAACAACUAACCGAACUCGUCGGCUGUCCAAUUCGUCCAUGGCAAGCGAUGUCUCGUUCCGAUUGCCGGCUUACGAGUCUCCUGCUAUCUACCACCUGGAAACGGACAUCGACGUGUCGGCCAGCGAAACGGAAUCGGUUUCCGGUGCCGCUGCCAGCAACGGUCAGCUGGAUCUCGUGAGCAAAGAAAAGCUCUUCCAGGCCUACAAGAAAGCAUUGGAUCGCUACCAGAAGUAUCGGGAACGGUACACCGAGUUGGCUCGUCGCUAUCGGGAGCUGGAGAAGGAUAACAGCAAGGCGCGGUCGGUGCUGGUCGAGACACAAGAUAAAGCGCUGCGAAGGAUCAGUGAGUUGCGCGAGCAAUGUUCACUGGAGCAGCAAGCGAAGGCACAUCUCGAUUCGGCACUGCGGAUGGAGAUCGACGAGCUACAGUGUGUGGUGAAGACGUUGAAAACGAAACUGGAAGCCGUUGGGGAUGGGUCGGAUGAUACUUUGAAGAAUGAAAAGGACUUGAUAUCGCUGUCUGGGGAUGAAGCAGGAUUGGAGGAGAAGUUGAAGGCCUUGGAAGCCAAGCUGACACAGGAGAUCAAGCUGAAGGAAGCUCUGGCUCAGGAAGUUGCUGUACUGAAACAGCGCGAAGAAGAGCACUCGAUUUCGGUGGCGGAAAAUAAGAUGGCAAUUCAUUCCGAGUUGGAGAGUAAAGAGGGGGAAGUGAGAAAGCUAAAAGAGCAAUUGCAAAGUAUCGAGAAAAACAUGAAACAGGUACUGGUUGAUAAGGACACAUUGGGGAAGGAGGUGGCUGAGUUGAAGAACAAGUUGGGCGCGGCAGAGAAAAAGGUGAAGGAACUUGAUAGCACGGUUGCGACAUGUAACGAUCAAAAGAACAAACUGGAGUCCAAGUUUGUAGAGUUCGAGCGGAAGAUCUUGGAACUGGAAAAGGAUAAACAUCGAAUGAAAACCGUUACCAUCAAUUUGGAACAGGAAAGGAAUGAUUUGUCCAGAAAUCUGGCUGAAUCUGAUGAUAAACUGGAGAAGACGCUGAAAGAAAACGAAGACUUAUCCACAAAGAUCACAGAUUUAGAGGAGCUGUCUAAAUCGUUGAGCUCGACAGCUGAAGUUGAUGCACUUAAGGGACAGAUUAAGGAACUAUGUUCAAAUAAAGACGAGUUGCAGCAAAACAUUGAAGCAACGCUGAAGGAAUUAGAGGAUUCUCGUUCAAAUCAAGUGGCAAAUGAUAAACGUAGUGAGGAAGCUAAACUUACUUUACAAAUGCUUCAAAAAUCUAUAGAAGACAAAGACGCCACCAUUCAGGAACUCCAAAGCCAAAUCAAACAACAAGAAACUGCUCAUACUGAAGAGGAAUCCAGACUGAAAACCAUUCAAAGUGCACUGGAGGAAAAGAAUAAAAAGCUCAUCGAACAGGAGGACGAGAUCGUUACAUUGAAGAAAACCAUCAAACUCGACCAGGAACGUCUGGUUGAGGUAACAAAGGCCUUGGAUGCUGCGAAGGAAGUGCACGAGCGGGACCGUUCCAGCAAUGAGGCUAGUCUCAAGGAGGUUUUCGACCAGAAUAACCAUCUCACUGCGGAGCUGAAGCAAUUCAAAGAGAAGCUGGAGAAAGUCAAUUCCAAGUUUAAGAAGAUAACGGAAGAGAAGGGUAGCUUAAAAUCGCAAAAUGAGCAACUACAGACGGACAUAAAGGGCUGCAAGCAGGAGAUGAACAGUUUGCUCCAGCAGAAGGCUGCCCUUGCCGAGGAGAUUAGGAAUAUGAAAAUCAUCAACGAGAAUUCCGAGUCCGAAGCAUUGGAGUCGCUACAGGAAUCGAUGAGAGCUAGUUUGGCGCAGGCCGAAGAACGAUUGUUGGAAACAACGCGUGAUUUAAAUCACGUAAUCGAGCUAAAGUCAGAAGAAAAUAGAAAACUUGCCGAGGAACGAGACGAAAUAGCCGAAAAGUUAGACGGUGUUCAAAAAGAGAAGGAAGAUCUGGCAUCGGAAGCAACGAACCUUAAAGCAAAAGUUGAAUCGUUGCGCAACGAAAAGAAGGAUUUAGAGAAGACGCUCGAUCGAGAGAUUCGGGAAAAGACGGAACUCAAAGCACAGGUUACCAACAUUCUGCAGGAGAUUGGUCGGUUAGAGGAACAGUUAAAGGACGUAAAGAACUCCCAUUCAUCCAUUUUGAACGAGAAACAAACAUUGGAGGAGAAGAUCGAGCGAUUGCAGCGACAGCACAUUGAAACGAAGAGCAAGGCAGACAAGGAAAACACUCACAAGUGGCAAGCAAAGGUAAAGGAAAACGAAAUAAAACUGCAGCAGGUUGAAUGUGAAAAUUCGCAGCUUGCAGAGAAGAACUGUCUGCUGGAGGAGAACAAUCGACGAACGUCCGAAGAGAUCAAGAAACUUCAGGCUGCUCUGCAGGAGUCGGAAUCCACACUGAAGCACGAGAAAAAGAAGAUCAAAGAAUCCCAUGCGAAUGUUGAAGAUCUGAAGAAGAGAUGCCAAGAGUUGGAAGAGAAGGUGAAAACGGCGACUGGAGAUCACGCCAAGUUGUUUAACGAAAAAGAACUAUUGGAUCAUCAGCAUCGAUCACUGCAAGAUCAGUUGGAAGCUAAGGAAAAGGAGAAGCUGUGCGUAUUGGACAACAACAGCUGCUUAUCGGAAGAACUGACUGCUUUGAAGAGUUCAACCAAAUCAUUGGAAGAGGAGAAGCAGAAGCUCACAGAGGAAUGCGACGCACUCAAGGUGGAAAUCGACAAAGUUCGAGCAGAGAACGAAUACCUAAAGAGUAAACAGAACGAGUUGAAGGCGAAAAUGGAACAGGAAAAACAAUCCAUCGUCGAGCAGAAUGAUGCUCUCAACAAGGAGAUCGAUUCCAUGAAGAAUAGUAACCAAAAUCGUCUACUUGAGCUGGAAGCCCUUAUCAAGAAGGCAAAUGAAGAGAAGCAAUCUUUCAGCAAGAAUGCUACCGAUCUGGAGAAGAAGCUGGAAACUUACGAGGAAAUUAAGAUCGAAAACGAAUACCUCAACACGUUGAUCAAACAGUUGGAAGGGGAAUUGCACACGGUGAAGGACGAAAAAUCAAAACUUUUAACGGCGGUCGGGGUAAAGGAAUCCGAAAUCAGUACUCUCAAAGUCAAAAUUGGUCAAGUGGAAACGAUCGUGGAGGAGAAGGAUCAGGAGAUUAAGAAAUUGAUCAAUGAGUUUGUUGGGAAAGAACAUGAAUUAAAGGCGAAGGUCUUAACGCUGGAGCAUGGCAAAUCGGAAGCUGAAAAGCGAGUAGCGGAACUCUCGACAGCUAGUGAUGAACUCAAAGCUGAAGCGACCAAAAACGUCGAGUUGGCCAGGAAGAGUGCUGAGGAGCAACUAAGCUUAGAAGACCAACUAGCAGAAGCAACGAGCGCUCGAGACGGGCUAAAGAACGAGCUUGAACAGACUAAGACUGAGCUUGAAGAGGUCAGAAGCAAGAAGCAAACCGUGCAGAACGAUUUCGAGCAGGAGAACACAGAGAUGCGGGAGCAAUUGAAGGAACUGGGCGUUGAAAACGACCGAUUGAAGAAGGAACUGCAAGGGGUGAACGAAUUGCGGUUGGAGAAUGAAAACUUUACGAGGGAUUUGGACGAAUUGAAGAAUGAACUGAACAUUGCGUUGGCCGAGAAGCUGGAACUGGUGCAACAGCAUUCCAACUUGAAGGAUAAGUUCGACGUGUUCAGUGCGGAGACGGAGGAAAAUGUGCAACGGUUCACGGCGGAAAUUGAACAGCUGCGACGGCAGCCACCAGAUGCGACCGGUGGUGAUCAGGAGGAACGGGGUGGUAAGGCGCUGGAAGAGAUGAGAAGCCGCAAGGAGGAGUUGGAGAAUAAGCUGAAGAAGAUUAUGCACGAAGUGCAGGAUGUUUCCAACAGAAACCUGUUCCUGGAGCAAAAGUGUGAAAACUAUUUGAUUAUGGAACAGUCGAACGAACGGUUGAAGCUGCAGAAUGAAAAACUGUCGCGGCAAUUGGACGAGACUCUGGUUUCAAUGCAUCAUAGUGAAGGAAUAGCGGCCAACACCGAGUUCGAGUACUUAAGAAAUAUUCUUUUCCAGUAUCUUAGCGGCAACGUCACCGGUAACAAUUCCACCUUGGUGAAGGUGAUAGCGGCCGUUUUGAAAUUCACACCCCAGCAGACGCAGGUCGUAUUGGAAAAGGAAGCGCAUCGUCGGUCAUUGAUGGGACAGAUCAACAAUCUUCUAUAGCAGGAAAAAGUCAGCGCUGUCCACCAGCAGCUACUGCAUUCCUCCCGCACCAAGCACUAUCGGUACUACUAGGCACUGGUAUGGAGCCAACGGAAGGUUUGUGUAAAUAUAAUCUCUAUGUGUAUAUCUUUGCUGUUCUCCAUAUGACCCCAUCCCCGUGUUUCGUGUUUUGAAGCGAGAAGUCAUCUGAAAUUCAGAUGAGUUGUCUCGGCUUCGCCUUCGCCAAAAGCCCCCAACCAUGGACGGGUAGGGUUCAGCUGAGGUUAGCGAAACACUAGAACAAAAUAAGCAGGAACGGCAAAAAUUCAAAAAAAUAUUGAAAUGAUUAGUAAUGUGUUCAUAACUACUGAGAGACCGAUGAAACAAACAUGUAGUAAAGGAACAGUUUUACCCACCCUCCCAUUUUUUUGUGGACGGCUACCGAACUCGUAUGAACUAAAUUAGACAGAUAAUAUAUUAAAUAGUAGCGAAAAUAGAAGCCACCUAGGAGAGUAUAUGGAAAGCAGAUCCAAUCUAGCAGCUAACGACAUGAACUAAUGUUUAUAUUAGCUAAAAGUUGCAAAACUACGGGCAUCAGCAAGUUUUAUAGAGUAUGCAGCAAGCUUAGCAAGAAGCAUGAAGGACCCGGAAGCCCGAUUUAAACCAAUUCUCGUCUACUAACUUUAAACAAAACUACCUACAAUUGCAUCUUAGACUAGGACAAAUUAACUCAAACCAGAAACACACGCAAAGCUACCUUUAAUAGUAAAUCAAUUGUUGCAAGCAUGGCA